GCGCCGCCGGCGCGCCGCGCCCCGCGCGCGGCGCCGCCGAGGCGCUGCCCGCCAUGCUGCCGGCGAUAGAGGCGCUCCUCCGGCGCGUCCCGCCCGCCGGCCCGCCGCACGCGGCGGCCGUCGGGCUGCUCGCCGCGGCGCUGCCCGCGUACAUCUCCCAAUCCGGCGCGGGCGCCCCGGACGCCGCCGGGCGCGCCGCCGCGGCCGGCGCGAUGGUCACCCUGCGCAAGUUCGCGGCGCGCUGCUGCGGCCUGGGCGGGGCGGAUUCGGAGGCGGUUGCUGAGGUGGCGUCGCACGUGGUGGACCUGCUGGCUGGCGUGCUCGACGCCGCGGCGGCGGCGGCGGAAAGCGGGGACGACGGCGGCAACGCAAGCGACCUGAUCACUUUUGCGGCGGCGCAGCUCGUCUCUGCCGCUCUG